AUGGUGCAUUGUUCUCGGAAUUGUGAUUGCCUUCUGGAUUGCCUAUGGCACACGAUACAUGGCUGGCGAAUGGGCCUGGCGACUUCCUUUCCUUAUCCAAAUGACUCCCAGUUUUGUCCUCGCCGCCCUCAUAUUGGUAUUGGGUUGGGUGAGUCAAAUAUAUGUUGGGGCGAUCGACUCUCGCUGAUUCGCCUAUACUUUAUCGGUAUCAACGCUCUCGUUUAUUACUCUCCUACCAUAUUUAAGACAAUGGGUCUCAACUUGAGCAUGCAACUCGUCAUGUCUGGCGUUCUCAAUGUCGGGCGGUUGGUCGGUGUCACCACUAGUAUCUGGGGCAUGCACGUUGUCGGACUUCGCAAGCUGCUUCUAGUCAGUGUGGCUCUAAUGGCCCUGUCUCACAUCAUUAUUGCUGCUUUGGUCGGUAUUCUUUCUAUCGACUGGCCAUCUCAUCAAGCAGAGGGGUAG